UCGAUUAUUUCGUGUUGUCUCUAAGAUAUUGAACAUCCAGGUUAAAAAUUUAAUAGGACAUAGUCAAAUAAUAAUGAGUUUGUUUCGACAUAUUACUCAACAUAUAAACAAAAAAGGUAUCACCGCCGUUCUCUCAACCGACUUUCUAAAUGUUGGUUCUAGAAGUAUCAGUUUUAGUAACCCAAAGCUAAAAUCAGAAACAAGUGGUCCAACUGAGAAAAAUAUAAUAGUAGACAAAGAUAAAAAUGUCACAUUGAUUGGUAUAAAUAGACCACAGGUGAGAAAUGCAAUUAAUUCAGCCACUGCCACACAACUGUGUGAAGCAUUUAAUGCAUUUGAGGCAGAUGAUUCAUCUCCAGUGGCAGUUUUAUACGGUAUUGGAGGAUCAUUUUGUGCCGGUUAUGAUAUUCUAGAACUUGGAAAAGAUGGUGGGGAACAGGUUAGUAUUGACAUCCUAAUGGCGCACGAAGGGUCAGUGGGACCAACUCGACGCCAUAUACAUAAGCCGGUUGUAUGCGGUAUUAGCGGUUAUUGCAUUGCUAAUGGUUUGGAACUUGCAUUAAUGUGUGAUCUUCGAGUAAUGGAAGAAACAGCUGUGUUGGGAUUCUUCAAUCGUCGUUUUGGAGUUCCCGUUAUCGACGGAGGUACAGCACGAUUGCCAGCAUUGAUCGGAUUCUCCAGAGCAUUGGAUUUAAUAUUGACUGGUCGACAAGUAUGUGCUGAGGAAGCUCUUUCUAUGGGUGUUGUUAAUCGCGUGGUACCGCCUGGCCAAUCAUUAAUUAAAUCUUUAGAAUUGGCGCAAACACUUGCAAAAUUCCCGCAAAGAGCUCUCAAUCACGACAGAAAUUCGCUAUAUUCAGCUGUUUUUGAUGCAGCAAACUUUAAUCAGGCUGUUCAAAAUGAAGUUAUGUACACAUCCAAAGAAAUUAUUGAGGAAAUGCAGCAAGGCAUCAAAUGGUUUAUACAAACAUUCAAAUCCGAUACCACACAUUCGUGGUUAAAACGAGAAAAAUCAAUGGCUGAUUGGGAUGAUAAACAAUUGGCUGCCGCAGCUGAACAAAAGGAGCUUGAAAAACAAACAGCCGAAGCAGCGCGUUUGGAAGCUGAGAAGAAGGCGAAAGAAGCUAAAAAGACAGAAGGGAAAAAAUAGCAAGAUCAACAAUAGUAACAUCGCGCAAAAGCUGAUAAGUGACCGAUUUCCAAAAAAUUUUGUAUGAUAAACUGAGUACCAUGCUAAUAUUUAACUUUUGUAAAUCACAAAUAAAGAUUUACAUAUUUGAAUGAAAAAUGCAUUUUUCAACAAAAACUGUGACUAUUGGUAUGUAAAUAUUUCAGUAAACAAAGCAGGAAUUAUUACAAAUAUUUGUUCGUCUUUAUAGUUUUUGCCUUCUACCUGACCAUCAUAUCAUAAUUACGUACAGUGGAACUUUUUUAACUCGAAUCACCAUAAUCCACCAAAAACUUCAAGUUAGACUUCGAGUUAUAGAAAUAUUCAUAAAAACAUAAUUUUUUCAAAAAGCUGUAAAAUUAUUCACAGUUUUAUUUAUUUACUUCGCAAAAUCUUUUACUAAAAUAUGUGAAAACAUGUAUUUUGUAGUUUUGUUUGUUGCACUUUGCCAUUUGACUCUUGACGUCUUUAUCCCAUGCUUUUGUUACAUGAUUUAUGAAAUCCAUUACUGUAAUAUCAAAAAAAAAAAGUUCGAUUUACGGAAGGAGAUUUGUAUGAAAUUUGACUUCUAUUGCCAAUUCAAGACUUCGAGUUAUGGAGAACUUAAGAAAGUUUGAGUUAUGGAAGGAAAUUUGUAUGAUAUUUGAUUUCUAAACGCUAUUGCCAAUACAAAAGUUCGAGUUAUGGAAGUUCUACUGUAUAUGGAAACUUCAAAAUUAUUUUAACUCGAAAAUUGUAAUAGAUUUAUCAAUUUAAAGAAAUUUGCAUUGAUUUCACAAAUCAUAUUUCAAUAGAAAUAUUUAGUGUUCCUCGAGUUGUAUAAUGGCUAGUUGUUACCGCCAUCAUUAAUAUAAAUAUUUUGGUUUAGAAAGUGAAAAUUACCAGUUUAAAACAGUUUUUGUUGGGGGUUUUAGUACGUUUUGGGUCAUUACUGGCGAUGUAUUUUCCAAAUAUACUAUUUAUUGAGAAUCUACAGCGGAUUCUUGAGAAACAUAUUUACCUACUUAAGUACGUCAAAAAUAUGUACAUAUUGUGCAUCAUUAAAAUGUUCCAAGCAAAUACCACCCACGUUUAUGUAGUAAAAUAAAUAAGAUUAGGUUUCCUUUUUGUAAUUAUAUUUGGUUCACAUUGGCCAUCAUAUAUGUAAAUAAAAAUAAUGGAAUCACUUUAAGAAUGUUAAAAAAUAGUCGUUUGUAUUUUUUAGUAUUACUCAACAAUUUAUAUGUAAUAGUUUAUAUUUAUAUUUUUUAGAAAUAACAUAUUUUAUAUAAUAUUAUCUGUUUUUGUUUUUAUAAAUACUAAUAACCCCAUUUUUGGUAGUUUUUUUAAUAGCGUGUGCUGUGUGGUGUUUAACGCAUUAAUUGCUUUAUUUAACCAUUUGCAUUUAAAAGUUUUAUAAACAUUUCAAUUUAUUUAUGCAUUACAGAAUUUUAACUUAGUAAUAAUCUGGCGGUUCUUUUUAUAUUUCUACAUCAAUUCGCUUGUA